GCCAUUUGUACAUAAUAUUCUCGCUGAGUGUUUACGGCUUGGGAGCCACCCGUUAAAGGUCUUCCUGUCUCAGCCGACAUGUGAUAUACACUGCCGUAGUAUCGAGCGGGCCGCGAAACAGCUGGACUAAGUAUUACAUUGCCUAACACGAAUGAGAGACGUGUGUAUUGUUUGAGAUCAAUCCAUAUGUUCAUUAAAGGGCUGCGUGUAAAGUUUCCGACAGUUUAGUAGGACUGAGGUUGUUGAUCUGACCUUGAACCAUAUCCAGCAAACUCGACUUAUAAAAUGAAUAACAGCUUGAUCUGUGUUAAUUUAAAAAAAAAACAUUGCAGCAAGCAUUUUCUAUUAUUGUACUUUUACAUAGUAUAGGUUUCCAGUAACUUUCUAUUAACCAGAUUCUGUAUGGUGGGCGUCGUAAGCGGAGAUUAGUGUACUGAAAGCGACUUUUUAGUUUUUAUUUUUUUGAAUAUUUUUUGUUUCGAUGUAUUUUUGAAACACUCAGUUAAAUUACGAGUUUACAAAAGCAAUGUUAAUUGUUAAUUAACAGUACUUUUUAUAAACUCGUAAUGUGUUAAUGCUAAUUGAUUAUGUUAAAGGACUACGCGGCAUGAACCGGGAGACAUUUCUCAAGGAUUUUAAGGGUCGAAUGAAGAGCGAGUUUGAGGAUUUCACAACCUCGUCCGCCCUCAUAAGUUUUCCGGAAACACUGGCAGAAUCAACUGGUGUCAAUCACGUCAGCAUUUUCAAUGUUCUCUCUUAUAUGGAAGCUCGUUUCGUGCUGCUGGAGUCUAUCGACCUCGCACAAAAGUUGUUGUCGCGUAAGCUUCGAUUGGGUGAUAUCAAUUUCAUGGUGGAGUAUGGUAGGCUACCCAUUGUAAGAAAACCGGAGAGUGCACAGCAAGAAACUGCUAGCGCUCGAGUCGGCACCCGGGCAGCAAAAAUCGGACGACUCCUCCAGAAAAUGGCACCGCUAGUGCGUGCUAUACUCAAUGACCAUCCACAUCGGCUGAACAUCUACGCAUACUAUUUGAUAACGUCUGUUUUCAGAGGCCCUACAUUGGAGCGAAUUGUGAAGCAAGAGUGCGUUCUGCUCUCAAUUAUUUUGGAGAAUUUUGUUUGCAACAGAAGACAGGCAGCUUUCCCGGUAACUUUGACCUGGAUGAGCCUCACCGCGCGGAAAAUUUUAAAGUUGAAUCUCACGGUACUGGAGCGGUUACAGCUUAUUGCAAUCGCAGAGCUGACGAAGACCUUAACAGAAAAUAAGGCAUGGAAGCCUGACGAACAAAUAUUCGAACUCUACUUUUCUACAUGUCCAGAACUGCUAAAGGAAGAGAAGCGAACUGGAGAACUAACGUUACGAAACGGCAUGGUUACAAUUUCUGGCGCCAACGUUUUGCUUGUCAUAAAGGAGCAGCUACAUCAACUACUAAUUGUCCUCGCAAGAGCAUUGCAGGAUAGCAAAGUAUCAUCCGAAAUAGGCGUCACCAAAGCUUUGAAUGCUUCAUUGAAGUUUACUCAACACCGCAUUUUCAAGACCAUUGCUUCGACUAAGGACCAACAUGAAAUUGCGUCGGUACUACAACUCCAGCGGGAAAAACCGUUACUCCCACCAUGCAUUUAUAUGUUGCUAGAUGGUCUUGAGAGGAACAACAAAUUAAGCAAUAUUGACCGUACCUACCUCAUUGUCUAUUUGAUGAACAUUGGGUUACCAUUGAAGGAGACUGAGAAACUACUGCGGCACUACUAUUCGAAAAAUGUAAAACUUCAAGAUACAUGGUUGACACAUCGCGGAGGACACCUGAGAAGAAAAUACCGCAACGAGAAGCAACAUCAGUACCGCUGUCAAAAAUUCGAUCGGUACUGUGUAUGGCAGUGUGGCGCUGGCACCCGGCAAGCGCUCGCCAGAAUCCGCCGGGGACAACAGAGAUUGUCAGCGCCAUUCUGCUCUCCAUAUGUUUUCAAUGAUCUCCUUAAUAGUCUCAACAAAGCUCGAAAUUCCGAUGAAGCCAGAGCAUUUUGUUCAAGACUUGGUUGCUUCGAGAAUUCAGAUGUGGGGUUCUAUUCGCCACUGGGGUACUAUUACAACACUAAAAAACGGCUCAACGGGACUCAGCUAGAAUUGGAAAAUGAUCAGGAUUUCUUGUGGUGAAAUAUUUUCAAGUAUACAUGAAGCGUGACCUUCGGAGUCCACGAAAAUAUGGAGAAUCGGCGCAGGCGUACGAGAAGAAAGACACGAUGUUCUAUAAGGAUAAAUCCCAGCUGAAAGACAGUUACAGAGGUCAAUAGUGCGAUGUGUGUUCGAGCGGCGCAAGUAGUGGCCGAUAAGAACGCGGUCAACUCACACAAGUUUGAAAGCUAUUUUUUAGAAGACCAGCAGUAAUUCGUUGGUAAUCGCUCUAUGAACACAGCCAAAGAUUGAGGCCACGAAAAUAUAAUCCCGGGGCAUAUCAUGUGUGUGGCCGAUUUGGCAGAGAAAAUCAGUAAAAAGAAAAAGUACGUUGAGUCUUGAUAUAAAGUUACGUGGCAACUGAAAAAGUGCAAGACGAAAAAAAAUGAAGGAGUGAAGAACAGGGGCGCAUCUGUUACUAUCUAGUUAAGGUGGCAAACAAAGAUGUGUCAAGCACGUACGGCUCUUCUAGGUAAAAAAAAAUCGACAAUGACUUAACAAACUACUAACAUGAAAUGAGUUCAAAAAACAGAAGCCGCGGCACUGACCUAACAAGACUUUCUAUGACCCGAACAAACCUCUACAAGACGAUCUUGAGGACUUACAACCUAGCUAUGAUACAAGUUCUAGGUGCUCAGGGGAAAACUAAUAAAAACAGUAGAAAAAGCUGAAAUAGUAUCGUUCGCCCUAACAAACGGAACGAAUCCAGCGCCUAAAAGAGGAAAAUAGAAGAGCAGCAGAAACCCACACAAAACAAUUUCCUAGAAUUAGUACUGCGAAAUGACGAAAAAGAAACUUUACAGGAACUGAUUCUGAACCUGGAAGAAGGAAAUGAAGAAGCCCUAUCUUUGCACACACACAAGAGUUUGGUCAGUAAUAGGUGGUCCGCGAAUGCGUAUACGAGAACAAGGAAAAUCCUUGGAAAGGAUGUAUUGAAGGUAGUCUACGUGGCCAAAGGAUGCAAUGGGAAUGACAAAUCGCUUGAAACUUUUUAGAACAAGCUUGCCGAACGCCAAUGCAGGACCAUCAUAGUCUUCCCAGCAGAAAUUUUGUAAGAAAAACGGUCCGCUACUGCCGUAAUGGAUAAUUUUGUAAUAAAUGGCACUAGAUUCAGCGUAAUGAAAACCUUUUAAUUUGAAGAUCGUAUUAACUGUCAUAUACACUAUCCAGAUUUUCUUAGAAAGGCUAAACAUCAAUGCUCUAAUGAUUAUAAAGAGUCACUGACAGUUCUGACAGCUCUCAAUCUUCACACUUUAAACUGAUUUCGUUUAGUGCAUCUGUUAGUCAUUACGGCAUCGAUAGUUGAAUAUCCCUUGCUCGAUCCGCGCGAAACAGUAUGCAAACCGUACGUUUAUGGACAUGCACAGGUUAACGUAGACGAAGUUGGAUUCCCCAUUCACUCUAUCGAUUAAGUAGCUGUUUCUAUACUGCGGAGUUUGUCAACUUUUUUGGGCGAGUCUGUCGCGCCAUUGUGAACAGUGGUGAACACAUUAUUUUAAAUACUGCGAGAAAAUAAAGGGUUUAUGAUUUAUGAUAUACUCCUAAUGUUACAUAAUAGAUACUGAAACUAAUUAGGUGUGUGGCAAUCUCUCGCGGACAAGAUACCACGAUACGUAUAUAGCCUUAUUAAAAUACUCCACACCACAGGGUAUAUCGUGGCUUUUUGGGUACUAAGAUAUCAUAAAAUGUACUUUGCGUAGCAGUUGUCCUCUAAAGGGGGCGUUUUUCCUCUUACUUCGCAUAACUAACACUUACUUUACGCGUCUACAAUUUUAGCAAAUCACCCACCGAAAGAGUGGCAACUGGUGCAUUUAAAAGUAAGAUAUCAGGAAACGCGUCAAUCGUAGUUACUAAAGGUGUAAUGCCGUAUUAACACAUACAUACCUUACACACAUAUAUCAAUAUGUGAUAUAUU